GGAAACAGGUAUCCUUGGCGACGCAACACAAACACAGUGCUGUCUCAGUGCUGCACACUGUCGUUGCACGUUCAUUCCCCCCCGGAAAAUCGAAAAGUCUGUAGCCUAAUUUAUUACCCUUUUGCACUGAAAUGUCAGAACUUUUAGUGUCAAGACCGCAUUACGACACCAGAGCCGUGACGCAAAAUGAACACCUGCUCCAGACUGCUCAAACUGAUCCAGAAACCACAUUGAAGGAGAACUUUUUAACAUCGUCUGGUUUGGCUACUGCAGGAUACAGAUCGGCGAAAUAUACUCCGGCAGAAUGGCUUGCCAACAACAAUGCUACCUUAAACCAAGCUGUAACCGAUCUGAACAAUUCCGAGAAAGUUCGCCACGAAUCCAAAAUGCUUUACACAGAGGCAGAGGUGAGAACUUUGCACACACAGGCCGAGGGCACAACGCACUUGGGUGAGAGGUUACAAGAUAUUCAGUUUUGGAAGGCUGAGCUUGAGCGGCACAUCGAACAACUUGAGGCGGAGACGGUCUUGCUUUUAGCUGAGAAGCGCCGUUUGGAGAAGGCUUUGGACGCGACAGAGAUUCCUUUUGCCAUCGCUACAGAUAAUCUGACAUGUCGGGAAAGACGGCUUGGGCCCGACCUUGUUAAAGACCUUGUGGAGGAAGAGCUUAUUAGAGAGGUGGAGUUAAUCAGAAGCAUUCAGGCACUGCACAAAAGAACACUUGACCAGACUGUUAAUCAAAUAAAGUCUAACAGGGAGUCUAAGCAAACUUUGGAGAUGGACUGGUCUGAUAAAUAUCAAGCCUACAGUUUAGACAACCAGUGUGGCCGCUACAACAACAAGAGUAUUCAGACACAACAUCAGUCAGGCUCUGCAAAGAUCCAGGAUCAUGUGAGUAACUGUGAGCAGUGGAUGCACUUCACACGCGCCAACGUGGCGACAGCAGAGCGCGAGACGCGGGCGAGUGCCGAGCUCAGGCAGCUGAUUGGCCACGUGCUCCAGGACACGUCUGAGGACCUGAGGGCCCAAUGCGCCAGAGUGGACGAGGCCUUCAACCAGCGCUGCCAGGAGCUGACCGAGGCCAAGGGGCAGCUGGAGAUCCACCUGUCACAGAUCCUGCAGCAGACUGGGACACAGGAGAGGAAUAUUGUGUCCUUGCAGCAGGCUCUCCAUGACAAGGAGGCCCCUAUGAGAGUGGCCCAGUCAAGACUUCACCAGCGGACACAUAGACCCAACAUGGAGCUAUGCAGAGAUGCACCGCAGCUCAGUCUGGUGGAUGAGGUCGGGGAGAUCACUCACACCAUGUCAGCCCUGACGCAGCAGCUGAGUGCGGCGCGCUCCUCUCUGGCGGCUAUGGAGGAGACGCGCAUGGCCCUGGAGAAGGCCAUCGCCUGCAAGACACACAGCCUGCUCAUCGACCGCGAGAAGUGCAUGAGCCACCGCCUGCGCUACCCUGACCUCGUCACCCUGUCAGGAUACUGAGAUGCUCACACACACAAACACACACACACACACUCUGAAAAAUGAGACAGUAAACGCAAGUAUGCAUUUCA